AUGGUUGAUCGCUUCGGUCUAACUGCGGCAACAGUGCCUGUUUUGAAAACUAUCCAAAACUUCGUCUACAACUUCAAGAAGUCCGUACUGUUUCACUCAGUGGUCAUUGAGGAUGUCGCAGCUCAAGCUCGCAACUCACCAUACAUCCCCAAUCUUGACGGAACCACAGCUGUUUCAUUUGGGCACCAAGUUGACCGCGGCGGCAAUCCAAUCAUAGGGGAUGGAAUCGACGAGGACCCCUUUGUGUUGGCCUUCUCCACCAAAGCGCUCUUGCUCAACCUCGACCGCGAUGCAGCGCCCUUUGUAUUUCACAUGGAUGCGACAUGCAAGUGGACAAAAAAUAAAUUUCCGCUAUUCGUGAGUGAUGUUUCGGACGCAGCACGCUCCUUUCAUCCAGUAGCCUUCUGUAUUGUUUGUCAGAGGACGGAGAUUCAGUAUUUUGCAGCUCUGCGUGCUCUGACGGACAAGUUUAUUGAGGUGGUGGAACAUGAAGGGCAGAUCCAGUACUUCAUGGCGGACGCGGAAGAUGCACAGUACAAUGCGUUUACACCCGCGAUCGCACCUGUCAUGGAAUCUUCGUACUUGGUGUACUUCUUUCACGUUAUUACAAAUGUGAAAGAUAAACUCAAAGACCUCAAAGUGUCCAACCACGGAAUUCACACGGCCUAUCGUCUGAUUUGCGAAAUGCACUACGUACGUAGCAACGCCCUACUAAGCUGUUAA